AGCAUCAUUAAGCAUUACUUUGUGUUCAAUUACGCUUAAAUGAAUUGUAAACUGCCGACCGCGCACUUUGAAAAAAAGGCGUAACAAAAGCCACUCAGAUCGGCGCGGAAAUCAUCUUAAUAUCUGUGCCAUCCAAUUACCAAUUAAUCGCAAUCUCUUCAGCGACAUCCACUAGUGAAUGAAAAUGCUUAACUAAGUUAAUGCUCGGCCACAAUUCCAUGAUGAUGAUGAUGAUGAUGCGGCUGCAGCCAAAGGAAUAAAUCCGAUCCCCAUUCAACUUGAAUACACUCACGCGCAUUGAUUGCAUUUUGUGUCAUCCCAUGGAGUUACUCUCGUACACUCGCCGAACUGCGUCCACCAUCAGGCAUAAUUUACAGCGCAUUAAAACCUCCGAUGAUGAUUUAUUAUUGUCCUGGCUGGCCAUGUCCUGCGUCCUGCGACCUGUCGAUGCACCGCAAAAACAUAUUUAAAGCGGCAUAUUUAUAUUUUAAUGAACCCGGGAGUGGUGAUAUAAAAUCAGAGCUUAACCAUGUUACAAUGCUCACGGGGCGGACAAAUUAUGAAGUUUUUCGCCGUAAUCACUGAGCCAGUGAGUGUGCGUGGGUUUUUUGAGCCACAUGCUUAAAGCCGUACUGCAGUGUAGUAUUAACCGGGGAGCAUCGACAGGCGAUUAGUGUGGCGUUUUCCCUGUUUUCCCUGAUGUCGCAUUUUGGCAGCUCCGUUCGGGAUAUGGGAGUCGAUGUAACAAGGGCCUAUACCAGCGAAGCAUAAAAUGACUGGCUACUAAUUACGCUGAAACUAACUAUAUUAUAAGCACUAUAACACAUUUUUACCCAAUUACUUUCUAAAACUGCAUCAAUUAAUCGCAUCUUGCAGAAGCGCCCCAGGAUAUGCAACCGCGAAUCGACGACAGCUCACCGUCAGCAGCGGCAAGGACACUGACAUCCUCGUCGAGCAGGAGCAGCUGGGCGGAGAACGAAGGAUCCGCAUCCGGAAGCGACUCGCUGCUGACGUCGUCGACAGCUUCCCUGCUCCCCCCGCAGGACAAUAGGAGGAGUUUGAGUCCAGGUCCUGGAUUGCUGAUAUUUCCCGGCACCGGUCAAAGACAUCAGCAUAAUCCGAAUAGCAGCACGGGCAGCAAAACAAUUGCAAAAGCUAAUGACGGGAACGUGGCCAUUAAUCAGCCAGGACCGGGCAGGAGCAUUCGCUCCUUUCGACGUCCUCCACUGUGGCAGCCACCGGCACAGGAUCACGCGCAGCGGGGGCAGCAGGAGAAAGAGGUCCUGGAGCGGCCAAAUCGGAGAGAUAGCCGGCCAGCCUGUUUGGCCAAAGGACAGGCCUUCAUAAUCGAGUUCCUGCAGGGCUCCUCCAUUCACGGAUUCAUUUAUUUGGCCAAACUCGGCCUGAGUUUUGUCGAACGCGUUCUCUGGCUGGCGUUCAUCUGCGUGGCAUUAUUCAGCAUCAUUUCGCUGAGCAAACGCACUUGGCAUCGCUUUCAGACCUCGCCAAUGGUUAUAUCCAUGGAUCGGAAUAAGCUGGUCUGGAACACCAGUUUUCCAUCGUUGACGGUGUGUCCGCAUAAGCGUAUCGAUGAGUUGAAAGUGGAGGAGUACAUACUCGCCCAUCCCGACCAAUUUCUGUCCGAGGAGGAUCAAGAGGAUUUCCGCGAUUUUAUUGUGAAACUUGCCAGCCUCACUUACGACAACUUGGAGACACUGCCGCUGAACAAGUCAUAUGGGAUACCCAGCACCAAGUACUUGGAUCUGCUCUACGAAUUGAAAUGGGGCUUCGAGCCGGAAAUCAGCAGCGGCGCCGCCGUCAAAAUGUUCAUCUACGAGACGCAAACGGAGUUUGGCAUUUGCCAUUCAGUCAACUCGAUGGUGGCACGCUACAAUUCCUUCGACUACUGGCGUUCUGGGGAGUGGAGCCUCAUGGACCACGGCGACCGGGUGACUGUGCAUCCGCUGGAUGGCGAGAUCUACGCCCAGAUUAUCAACCUUUCGACGGCCUACGAUGUUUACUUCCACGGUGCCGGCGAUAUUCCGAGUAUUUCGAAGCAGAGGUACACUUUUCCGGAAAGUGACUACACCACCGUGGAGCUCAUCGCGCUGGAGAUCUUUACGAACGAGGAGGCCAGAGCCACCAAGCAAAGGAGCUGUCGCUUCAACUACGAGGCCGAGGACAUGAUGACGGUGCCCAUCUACAGCUUUGGCCUUUGUCUCUCGGAGUGCAGGAUGUUCUUUGCGCUGCGGGUCUGCGGCUGCGUUCCGCACUUCUACAGGAACCGCUGUGGGUAUACUGGGCAUAAUCAUAUUUUCGGCACACAGAUGCGAAAUGGCCGGAGGUUGCCUGUUUGCGGACUGGAGGGCAUCGGAUGCCUGGUCAAAAUUAAACGCGAGAUAAUCUCGUUGAAAUCAGACAAAUACAAAAUCAAUUGCAACUGCUUGGCCAACUGUGAUGAUUCCAACUUCUUUGUGCAAUCCUACCGUUCGCGUGUCUGGUUUUUGGGGGCUAACUUGCAGUGGGGUAUUUUGGAACACCCAAAAAUGCAGCUUCGGCGGGAGGUGCUUUUCUCCUUCGCAGAUGUUUUGGUUUACAUCGGCGGUCUUGUUGGAUUUUUCCUGGGCUGCAGCGCCUUGAGUUUUACGGAAAUUAUCUACUACUUUACGGCGCGAUUUGUUCGACGCAUGUUUUGUAAUUAG